AUGUCAGCUCGGUCAUGUGAUCAGCUGUGUCCAAUCACAGCUGAUCACAUCUGUCACCCUGACAGCUCGAGAGGAGAGCCGGUAAUCGGCUUUCCGCGGAGGGGACAUGUAAACUGAUCAUCAGGGCACUGAUGAUUAGUGUGCCCUGAUGAUCAGUGUAGCCCCAGCAGUGCCACCUGUGCCUUAUGUCAGUGCUCUUCAGUGCCUCGUGCCAGUGUCCAUCAGUGCCACAUCAGUGCCACAUAUCAGUGCCUACCAGUGCACAUCAAUUCCACAUAUCAGUGCCCAUCUGAGCUGCCUUUCAAUGUCACCCAUCAGCGCCAGU